UCGCGAAAGAACACAGGUCGGGAGCGCUCGCGAGAUCUCAGACCACGCUACCCCCGAGAGCUUCCUAGGAAGUUGAAGGGCCGAGAGGAGGCCCGGGGCAAAUGGCCGGAGCUGGACCAACCAUGCUGUUACGAGAGGAGAAUGGCUGUUGUAGCCGGCGUCAAAGCAGCUCCAGCGCCGGGGAUUCAGAUGGUGAGCGCGAGGACGUGUCCGCUGCGCGUGCCCGGCAGCAGCUGGAGGCGCUGCUAAACAAGACUAUGCGCAUCCGCAUGACAGAUGGACGGACACUGGUCGGCUGCUUUCUCUGCACCGACCGCGACUGCAAUGUUAUCCUGGGCUCGGCGCAGGAGUUCCUCAAGCCGUCGGAUUCCUUCUCUGCCGGGGAGCCCCGAGUGCUGGGCCUCGCCAUGGUACCCGGACAUCAUAUCGUUUCUAUUGAGGUGCAAAAAGAGAGCCUGGCGGGACCUCCCUACCUCUGACCAAGAUCGUGCAAGCAUUUUAGACUUCAUUAAACCUGCAACCGAC